AUGGUCUGGCUCGAGAGUGUCCGGGGGUCGAUAAGCCACGAUGAAAGCCCCGCCGGCCUUGAGCCUACUGUCGACGACAGCGAGCUUGGUCUCGCUGGCACUACUCCUCGUGAUCCCCUCGUCUCCAUCACAGCGAGCCCCAACCAUGUCCCCUCUCUCGAGUUUUGCACGAUAGACGCGUCCGCUACUAAAGUCACCAUCGGGGACGACGAGCUCGUCGGCCUGCCGGACGCCAACGACUACUCGCGGCAGAAACAAGUGUACAAGGUGUUCCUGCUCAACUACUGCAGCGGGACGCGGGAGGCAGGAUCCCAGGACACCGACAUGGACUACUGCUCCGAGACGGGCGAGGAGAUUUGGGAUCUGCUGGACCCCUGGAUCGUGUGGGGAGUCAAGCUCAAGUCGGACGGGAGCGCCAGCUUCGGGUGGCUGGAUCGGGGCCCGGAUUGGCUGUGGAUAGCCUACAUUGCCGGCGGCAUCUUCGGAUCCCUGUCUGUGAUAUCCGCCUUGGUCCCGGUGCAUAGGCUUAGCUUUGCCAAAUGGCCCGUCGUAAUUGUUGCGUCGCUGACCGCCAUUGUCCAACUGAGCAUUGCCAUCGCCGCCCAGAUCACGUUUGGCACCCUCGUCGCGUCCGCCGACGACGAGGGCGUCUCCAUCACUGCCAAGCUCGGUGUCACCGCCUUCAUGAUCAACUGGAUCGCCGCCCUCUCCGCCGUCGUUGCCGCCGCCACCCGCGUCGUGCGCGUGCGGGAGAUCAAGAAGGACAACAUCCGCACGAAGCACGACGUGGGCCUCCGCGAGUUCCUUGCUGGGACGGGCUCGCACAAGUAUACCGAGGUGGAAGGCAUGUCGUUGCAGAACCAGCACGUCGAUGUGGACAACCCCAGGACGACGCUAGGUAACUUCCAACACGACGUGACCCACCAGGAGUCCAAGUAUGAACCGUAUAGGCCGGCGCAAACAUAA